AUGGUGGCAGGCGGCAGGCUGGCCCUGGCAGCCAGAGCGCACGACGGCACACGCAUCUGGGGCCCCCUGCUGGAGUGCACCUUCAACAACUCCGACCUCUCCUUGGUCAACAGCACUAUCCAGAACCGCACGGCGGAGUGCCCGGCGUGCUGCGCGAGCGCCUGCAGCGAGCAGACGCUGUUUGGCGUCGGCCCGUACCCGAGCGCCGCCUCCAUCUGCUGCGCCGCCAUCUUUGACGGAGUCAUCACAAACGAGGCUGGCGGGCCUGUGAUGGUGACCUGGCAGGAGGGGCAGCAGUCGUACCCUGGCGACGAGUCCAACGGCCUGACCAGCGGCGAGUACGGCUCUUCCUCCGACUCUUUCUGGUUCAAUGACCUCUUCUUCCCCAGGCCGCCCUCGCCGCCGCCCCCCGCCCGCUCGCCGCCGCCAUGGGCAUCGACCUGCGUGCAGUGCCCCGCGGGCUGCGCCGCCGCCUCGCGUGACGUGUGGGGUACGGGCGUGUACACCGCCGACAGCCCGGUGUGCAAGGCCGCCAUCCAUGCCGGCCUCAUCACCAACACCAGCGGCGGCGUGGUCACUGUGUACUGGGACAGCGGCAGGGAGUUGUACGCAGGCACCACCGCUCACGGCAUCACCUCCUCCGACUAUGGCGCCUAUGACUCCGCCUUUGCCUUUGCCCAGCGCCCGCCCCCCUCGCCGCCCACGCAACCGACGUGGCUGUGCGAGACCCAGGGGCGCGAGUACGCGAGUGAGGCCGAGCCGGUGGUGGCGAUGCAGUGCCCCGCCGGCUGCCUGAGCGAGCCGCGGGACGUGUGGGGUACGGGCGUGUACACCAGCGACAGCCCGGUGUGCAAGGCCGCCAUCCACGCCGGCCUCAUCACCAACACCAGCAGCGGCUUGGUCACCAUUUACUGGGACACCGGCAAGGCGUCGUACACAGGCAGCUACGCCAACGGAGUUCAGAGCGAGCCCUGCGGGGAGUACCCCUCCUCCUUUGCCUUCAACCCCCGCCCCACGCCCAGCCCCCCCACGCCACCCCAGCCCCCCUUGCCGCCUGCCCCCCCGCCGCCGCCCGCCCCGACCAUCGCGUGCGACACCACGGCGGUGGGCAGGCUGAGCCGCGAGACCUUUGCGAUCGUUGAGGUGGGCGGCGGGUGGGCCGGCGGCGGCGGCGGCCUCUGCUGCUUGGGUGUGCCUACCACCACCCGCCCCCACUACCCAGCUCUGUGGCUGGAACAUGGCGAUGCCAGGCGCUAG